UUCAAAAUAUUUCUGCUUCCGGCGAAAUUGCUGGUUGAAACUCUGCCUUAUAAACAUUUCAUAUUUUAUGAAAGAGUUGAUUGAUUUUAACGAAUGUGUGUUAAACGAUGGAUGACGAACAAGAAACAUACAAAUUAUGGCGUAUAAGGAAAACUAUUAUGCAGCUCUGUCAUGACCGAGGAUACUUGGUCACACAGGAUGAGUUGGAUCAAACUUUGGAAGAAUUCAAAGGCCAGUUUGGGGACAAGCCAAGUGAAAGAAAGCCUUCUAGAAGUGAUCUUAUUGUGUUGGUUGCCCAUAAUGACGACCCAACAGAUCAGAUGUUUGUGUUUUUUCCUGAGGAGCCAAAUGUUGGAAUAAAAACCAUAAAGACAUACUGUCAGAGGAUGCAGGAGGAGAACAUCACACGGGCAAUCAUUGUGGUCCAGAACCGAAUGACCCCCUCAGCCAAACAGUCCCUCACUGACAUGGCACCUAAGUACAUACUGGAACAGUUCCUGGAGGCUGAACUGCUCAUCAACAUCACUGAACACAUGCUUGUUCCUGAGCAUGUGGUGAUGACUCCAGAGGAGAAAACAGAACUGUUGGCUAGAUACAAACUGAAGGAAUCACAGUUGCCCCGUAUACAGCAAGGAGAUCCUGUUGCCCGGUACUUUGGUUUAAAGAGAGGACAGGUGGUAAAGAUUAUCAGAAACUCUGAAACUGCAGGAAGAUACGUGAGCUAUCGAUUGGUUGUGUGAAAGAAGAGGAAAAGUUAUAUUAGAGGACAUCUACAUUUGAGUUUUCGGGCUUUACAGCAUGCAACUACUGCAAGUGCAAUAACAUCCAUGUACUGGGGUACAUAGGAGAGGAUACAAUGGAAAUGUACAUAAUGAAGAACUUGAUUGUAAGAUGAAAAAAUAACCUUAAUGAAAGGUUUUGUUCUUGUGUGAACACAUCUCCAAUUCAAAAGAAAUGUGUUAUGUCAUUCUUUUUAAAGAUUGUUUACCCCGUCUGUGGAUUUCAUCGUCAUGCAUAUGUAUACUGUAUUUUUAUACACAAAAAUAACCAUUAAAAAAUGAAGUCUG